GUUUGGCUGCCGUGGCCAGCCAGUCCGGAGAUUUUGAGGGGCGAGGCCCGGUCCUUGCCGCCGUCUCGGGGAGCUUCAGGCCUGGAGGCCUUCGCUGUGAUCAGUGUCUCCCGCACCUCCACUGUCCAGUGUGGUCUCCUUUGGAAACUGCAGGGAAGCUAUUCUUCCUGCUUAGUUUCUCUCUGUAACCUGUGGGAAUAUCCCCUGAUAUAGCCAAACUACAAUCCAGACCAAAGGCAGCAAGGCCGAGAAAGAGGUCAAGAUGGGGUUUAUAUUUUCAAAGUCUAUGAAUGAGAACAUGAAAAGCCAACAGGAGUUCAUGCUUAUGAAUUCCCGACUUCAGCUGGAAAGGCAGCUAAUAAUGCAGAAUGAAAUGAGAGAAAGACAAAUGGCUAUGCAGAUUGCUUGGUCUCGGGAAUUCCUCAAAUAUUUUGGAACUUUUUUUGGCAUUACAGCCGUCUCUUUAACAGCUGGAGCAAUUAAAGGGAAGAAGCCCGUCCUCAUCUUUCCUAUGGUUCCAUUAGGCUUUGUCCUUGCCUAUCAGUAUGACAUGGGCUAUGGAACCCUUAUACACAGAAUGAAAGGUGAAGCUGAGAACAUACUGGAAACAGAAAAGAGUAAGUUGCAGCUGCCAAAAGGAAUGAUCACUUUUGAAAGCCUUGAAAAAGCAAGAAGGGAACAGAGUAAAUUUUUCAUAGACAAAUGAAAUCAUGUUUACCCCAUCAAAUCUCAAAAAAACAGAAUUGUUGACUUGAAUCAUGACCUUUAUAAUUUUUUAAAUGCUUGUGAUUUUGAUAUAAUGGAUUUCAUUUUAAAAUAGUAAUCACGAUGAAUUUUGUUAAACUAUUUUAAAAUAAAAUUUAUACCAUUCAACACAAACUCAUGGAAGUACUCUAAAUAACUUUAAGAUUUCCUAUAUAUGUAUUUGUAUCACAAACAUCUGAAUGUAACAUUAUAAAAUAUAUUGUUCUGAAUUUCUGAAAGCAAAAA